CCCUAACCGCCAUUACCAUCUCGCGAAGAAACCAGAGAAGAAAAGACAAAUUUGCGACGCCCUCCUUUGAUUGGCGCGAUGAGUUCCCUUUGAUCACUGGGCUGAUAACUAAUUUCGGGAAAUUUUCUAAUAUAUAUCGGGCAAUUGAAUCUUUCAGCAAAUUCUGUUCUCGAACUCUAAAUCGAAAGAUUAGCAGCUGAAUCUGAUGGAUUCGAAACCCGUUAGCGAUAAAGCUGCCGCCCCAAGGAAGGUGAGGUUUGCACCUAAGGCUCCUCCAGUUCGAAAGCCAAAACCUGCCGUUGUCAAGACAGAAGCUAGAGAUGAUGAUGACGAUGAGGCGAAGGCCAAGGAUUUGCUCCGGCACUUCAACGAAGGUAUCUUGAAGGAGAAGCCCAAAAUUGAGAGAAAAGUGGCUCCGUCGCAAAUUGCAUUUGGUUAUGGAGGGACUUCAGCUUCGUUAAAAUCAUAUCAUGUUCAAAAGGAUCAAAACAAUGUUAACUCAUAUCAAGGUACUUCCAGUGGUCCAGGCCUGAGAGGGAUGAAAGAAUACAGAGAACCAUGGGACUAUUACAGUUACUAUCCUGUAACUCUUCCUCUAAGGAGACCAUAUUCAGGAAAUCCAGAACUUCUUGAUGAAGAGGAGUUUGGGGAGGCCCCCAGUAGUGUGACUUACAAUGAAAAUAUACUAAACACAGCCAUGGAACUUGACCUAAUGGACAGUCAGCAUGAUGGAAGUUCGGAACCUAGUAUGUUCUUUAUUCAGUUACCUCCAACAGUCCCAAUGGCAAAGCGUUUGACGACUGCAGCAGGGAACGAAACAACUGAAAGGUCAACAUCCUCCAAUGUUUUGGGUUCCACGGAGAAAAGCUGCAGUUUAGAUGAGUUGCCAGCAGGGUUGAUGGGUAAAAUGCUGGUGUAUAGAAGUGGUGCAGUCAAGCUCAAGCUUGGUGAUACUCUCUAUGAUGUGUCCUCGGGUUUGGAUUGCGUGUUUGCUCAGGAUGUCGUAGCCGUGAACAGAACAGAGAAGCACUUUUGUGUUGUUGGGGAGCUCAAUAAGCGUGCCAUUCUGACUCCAGAUGUGGACUCGGUGUUAGAAAGCAUGAGUGAAUUAUGACUAUUUUUCCUUCAUUCAGGUACAUUUUCCCAAAACAAUAACGCGCGAGCGGAUGAUUAAAAUUUUGUAGACGUGAGGCUAUGGUGUUUAGGUGGGUUGUUGAAUUGACAAUUCCCGCAAUAGUUCGGCUGAGAGAGAGAGAGAGAGUUACUUUUGUGCUUCAGCUGCUUCUUGUCAUCAUGUCGACAAUCAAGUUCUGUCCUUUCCAGAUCGAAGGGACAAUGUCACUCUAAUUGAAUAAUGUAUUUCAGCUUGUAGCCCGAGUCCCCUGUCCUGGUUUUGUUGA